CAUUAAAUUCAAACCGCAAUAAAAAGUUAAUUUAGAAUAACAUAAUUCAAUACCUCUCAAUUAGAUAUUCGAGCUUCCCGCCGCAAAGCGCGGGCCAGUUGUCUAGUUAGGGAAUUUAUUGUUGCUUAGUUAAUAGCUUCCUCUGCGAAUCGACCUCGCGAUCUUUGUCUCCCUCCCUCUGCUGCGGUUCAUCAAUUCGCCCUAUCUCUUCCCUCCAUAAAUAUACAGAACUUCAAAUUCCCUCCUCCCAACACCAACGAAAUCCUCCAACAUCUGAAGAACUCAACAACCCUCCUCUCUCCGAUUCACUCUCUGAACUUCCUACUCCCCACCCGCCUUAUCUUCUCUGCCCCUCAUUUUCAAAUCGGCAGAGGAAGUAGAGAAACCCAAUGGUGGCUUCCAGAUUUCAAGCCGCUUCCUUGGUUGGUGCCCCUUCCUGCCCCAACGCCAUUGCUUGGUCUGACGAGAACUUGAUCGCAGUCGCUUCCGGCCACAUUGUCACCAUUCUGAAUCCAGCUUCGCCUAUUGAACCUCGCGGCACUAUCGCGGUUCCUACCGGAAAACAUUACCCAAUUGGCAGAGUUGAAAAAGAAGGUUUGCUCUCCGGUGACCUGUUGCCCACUGCUUUAUCGCGGGACCGGAAACCCUGUGCUAGGUCAAUUGCUUGGUCUUCUCUUGGAAUGUCUCCUAACUAUGGCUGUUUGCUUGCAGUUUGUACAUUUGAAGGAUGCGUGCGGGUCUUUCGCCCACCCUUUUGUGAUUAUAGCACCAACUGGGUAGAGGUUGCUGAUAUAUCAGACAUGCUGUAUGAUCAUCUUGCAAAGAUGAACUUUGUGGAGAUCGACAUCUCUACUUCAGAAAUUCCUUCUAAUGGAGUGUCAAAGGGAAAAUCUGCUGAGGAUGAUUUGCCAAAUUCACCAACUUGCAAGAUAUUCAAGCCUGUUGUAUUGAAGCAAUACAAGCGGAGACGAGUUACCGUUGUUACUGAGAUAAACAGCCCUGCUGAUAGUUUGGAGCAACACAUUUCAGAACCUAGACAUGCUGAGAUUACUAGCUCUAGGCCCACCCAUCUCAGUAUAUUGGAUAGCAAGACGUCGCGCAAGACUAAGCUCACCAAGCUGGGCAAGAAUAAAAUGGGAAGCUGUACAUUUCCGCUUUUAACUUCAAAGGAGUAUGCUGCUUGUAGUGCACUGCUUUCCUCACUUGUGGUUACAUGGUCGCCAUUAUUGUGUUCGCCAUCAAACAGAAGUUUCCCAUCUUCAGAUGAUCCAGUCAAGAAAUAUUCUAUUCUUGCUGUUGGAGGGAAGUCUGGUAAAAUUUCAUUCUGGAGAAUUAGUGCACCUCAAUGCUAUUCAAUUGAGCACAGUAAAGCCCCUACUGGUGUUAUGUUUCUUGGGCUUCUUCAGGCGCAUACUUCAUGGGUAACUGCAGUGAGUUUGGAAUUACUCAUUUCAAACUCUGAUCCCCAGGUUGUAAUGGUUACUGGAAGUACCGAUGGAAGUGUGAAGUUGUGGGUGGGGAAUGUGGAAGAACUGAGUAAGUUAUCAAAAGCUAGUAAAGUAGGUCCCUUUGUCCUAGUAAAGGAGGUUGUUCAUGAGAAUAUUGUCCCAAUUUCGGUUCUUUCAGUGGUGCUACCUGCUCAACCUGUAGAUAAAAUGCUUAUAGCAGUUGGCAAAGGAUCGGGAUCUUUCGAGAUUUGGACAUGUGACACAUCAAACUUCAAACUUGACAAAGCUGGAUGUCAUGAUGCUCAUGUCUAUGCUGUUACAGGUUUGUGUUGGUCUUCAGAUGGACUUUCUUUGUACAGUUGUGGCCAGGACAACUAUUUACGUAGCUGGAUCUUACGUGGGGAAUGCCUCUCCGAAGUGCCCAUUCUCUCGAAUUUUCCUGGUCAAACCGGUUCACAUGAAGUUCCUGAUGCUUUGCUUUCAUGCCUGGGCGUGGUAGCAUCACCUGGAAAUCUCAUGGUUGCAAUGGGCUCAAAAGGCUACUGGGAAUCCAACAUCCUAUUGUCACUGAAGCAGUACGAAGAUCCAUAUAAGCCUUUAGUAGUAUGGGAUAUCUUAACAGCUCUUCUGAUUUUCAAAGAUUCUGUUCCCAAGUAUGUCGACUAUUUACUGGGUAGAUGGCUAUCGACAACAUUCUUGGAUGGUCAGCACUCAGAUUAUCUUCCCCUUGGCGAGGUGCUGACACUUUCCUCAAAGAGCUUCUCGGAAGUCCCAUCUCGCCUCUUGCACCUUCUAAAUAUCAUGACCAGACGAAUAAUUCUGUCUGAGAUGAAGGCUGAGGAACUCAACUCCAGUGUCACCACUGACACUGCCAGUGUCAGACAUGAGACAGUUGAGCUUGGUUUGCAAACACUGUUAGGAAGUGAGAGAGAACUUCGAGAGAGGCUUGUGGGACUCAGCUUUGCUGCUUUUUCCAGUGGGUCUCACUCGGCAGCUACAAGUUCCUCACAACCGGAAUCUUGGUCUCCAUUGGGAGUCAUGCAGAUGGAGCAAUGGGUUGUAUCUAAUCAUGCUCACGUGAGGAAUCAACUCAAGGUCCUCGCGUCAGAAGUCCGGAAGCAUACAAGGAUUGGCGGUGACAGUAAUGCUGCAAAAGAGCAAUGCAUGCUUUGCACAGCCUCAAUUCCUUUCGAGUCUCCGGAGCAUGCAACUUGCCAAGGUGCAGAGAGCAUCAAGGGAGAUAUGGAGAAACAUGAAGUGCAUAGAUGUGCAGUGUCAAUGCAGGUUUGCCCUGCUAGUCCUUCGUGGUUCUGCAUAUGUUGUCGCAGGAAGGUGCACAAGCUGGCUCCUGAAUAUCUGUUUAAGAUGUCUAGGUUUCCUACGGAUUUUAGUUCCUGGAAAGAAGCUUCUAUAGCUGAGAAGUCCUCGAGACCCUUCUGCCCCUUUUGUGGGAUUUUAUUGCAGAGAAUGUUGCCAGAUUUUUUGCAGUCGGCGCAGCCAGUUUGAAGGGCAUCUACUGUUGGUUGAAGAAGAGACUGUUGGAGGUGUGCCCUUCUUACUUAUCGACAUCAGGCAUCUACUAUAUCGGCCAGAAAAUCAGCAGCCUACCCCGCCAAAUGUAUUCCUCUUGAAGUUAUGGUGUUCUUGCGAUCGAGAGGGCCUUCUGCAUGGUAAGCGGAAAAAAAUUCAGAUCUCAUAGAACUGGCGGUUAAAAGUUGAUCCUUUAUUUAAGAUGUUAAUUGCCAGUGCUUUGUAUAGGAUCGAUGUGAUCGUUUGGAUGAUUUGCAUUCUCAAAAGGACUGAGAAACCUGAAUAUUUGGAUUCAUUUUUGCUUGACAAACAUGGUAGGAAUUGCACUGCUCAUCUUGCUAUCUGAAAUGUCCAUGGCUUUCUGACAUAAAAUUUUUUUUUUGAA